AACACAUUUAACUCAACUCCAUGAGAGGCAUAAUAUUCCAGGCAGAUACAAUACUAUCAGGAUAAAAAAAAAGACAAGACCAAGUGGAUUGAAAGGAAACUGCAUCUCAAGCAGUGUUAAGAGUUCUUGACUGAGUUCUGUAGGGGAAAAAGAGACUUCUUAUUAAAAACAGUUGCAGGACGCAGUAUAAACCUGUGAGCCUCUAAAUGGCCUCUAAAGAUAAAACAGAGGAGGAUUUAACCUGUCCUGUGUGCUGCGACAUCUACAACCAUCCCGUCAUCUUGUCCUGUACUCACAGUAUCUGUAAAGGCUGUCUCCAGCGGUUUUGGAAAACCAAAGGGUCAAAGGAGUGUCCGAUUUGCAGGAGAUCUUCAAAAGCUGAGCCUCUUACUAACCUGGCCUUGAAGAACCUGUGUGAGACCUUCUUAGCGGAGAGAGGUUUGAAAACCUCAUUACAAUCUGAGGAGUUCUGCAGUCUACACAACGAGAAGCUCAAACUCUUCUGCUUGGAAGACAAACAGCCUGUGUGUGCGGCAUGUCGGAAUUCCAAAAAACAUAAGAAUCAUAGUUGUUACACCAUAGAGGAAGCUGUACAGGACCAUAAGGAGGAACUCCUCACUGCACUGACGACCUUGAAGGACAAGCUGAAAAUAUUUGACAAAGUCAAACUGACUUACGAUCUAACGGCUGAGCACAUAAAGGUCCAGGCAGAACACACAGAGAGACAGAUUACGGAGGAGUUUGAGAAGCUUCAUCAGUUUCUACAAGAUGAAGAGACGACCAGGAUAACUGCAUUGAGGAAAGAGGAGGAGCAGAAGAGUCAGAUGUUGAAGGAGAAGAUUGAGGAGAUUAGCAGAGAGAUGUCAUCUAUUUCACAGAAAAUCCGAGGGAUAGAAGAGGACUUACGAGCUGAAAACAUCUUAUUGUUACAGAACUUCAAGACUACAAUGAAAAGAGCCCAGUGCACACUGGAGGAUCCUCAGAUGUUUUCAGGAGCACUGAUCAAUGUGGCGAAGCACUUGGGCAACCUGAAGUUCAGAGUGUGGGAGAAGAUGCAGCAGAUUUUUCAAUAUAUUCCUGUCAUUCUGGAUCCCAACACAGCAAACCCACAUCUCAUCGUCUCUGAGGAUCUGACCAGUGUGAGAUACAGCAACGACAAACAACAGCUUCCUGAUAAUCCAGAAAGGUUUGAUUCUUGCAUUUGUCCGUGUCUCCUGGGCUCUGAGGGCUUUAACUCAGGGACACACUGCUGGGACGUUGACGUCGGCUAUAAUUCUAACUGGACUUUGGGUGUGAUAGCAGAGUCUGUCCAGAGGAAGGGAGACUCUUUUCAUUCUGGACUGUGGUGUGUGAAAUAUGUUAACGGUGAAUACAAAUCACACUCCCCAGACCAGCCAGAGACUCCCCUCAUGGUGAAUAAGAAACUGAAGAAAAUCAGAGUACAGCUGGACUGGGGCAAAGGAGAACUGUCAUUUUCCAACCCUCUAACUGACACACUCCUGCAAACUUUCACACACACUUUUACGGAAAGAUUUUUCCCAUAUUUUCAUAGUCUCUCUCCUCUGAGGAUAUUACCAAUGAGAUCGUCCGUGAGACUGAAAGAGCACAGUUACCCCAAAGAAUGCACAAUAAGUUGA